UACAGGCAGAUCUAAUCAAUUAAAUCGUUAAGAUAUGAAAUUUCAUAUUCAACAGAUACAAUAAUCAAACAUCCCACUUAACUGUUGGAUGUGUGAUUUUAAUAACUUUGGGCAUUUAUUAAUAAUUUAAACAGUGGUGAUAUUAAGAUCCACACUGAUAUACCUGUGUAUCAAAAAAAAGUCUGCAAUUGUUCUUUUUGUUUUUAUUUUAUUUUUUUUAUUUGAAAUUGGCAAUUAUUUUACCCCAAUUUUGGAAUGAUUUUCUCCCAAUUUGGAAUGCCCAGUUAUUCAACCCAGCUCACCACUGCAAACCCCCAUCACUAACUCAUGUUAGUGAUGGGCCGUUAACCAUCUGUUUUUUUUCCUGCACUGCAAGCCCGCCAUGAAGCCAUUGCAGAAGUACAGCGUCGGAGGACCACGCAGUUCUGAAUUGUACUUUGGUUCUAGUAAGCCUACUUAGAAUUCCUUCUGUACGACCUGUAAUUCACUGUCUGCACACUUCUUCUCCCACCAUAGUUUAAAAUAACUAUUUAACUCAUAGGCAAUGAAAGAUUGCUUGGUAAGUUUAUCAAGCAUUUUACUUUGCAAGGAAUACAGAAAGAAUUGCAGAAAGCACAAAGCAAGUAAGCACAGCACCUGUGUAGGAUCUGACUCUUCCCCUGCCAUUCAUUAUAGGAGGUGCCAGAGUACAGCGUAAUGCAUCAAUAGAAGCCUGUAUGGUAAUGAUGCAAGUGACAGUUUUGACAUCUUUUCGGUUUAGAAAGUUUGAAAGGCAGUAAGGUGGAGAAGAAAACGUGGGUUUCAGAACAUAAAACAGAUGGGGGGUGGGGGUGUAUUAUUUUUAAUAGAUUAUCAUAAAUUAGACAGGACGUCUUUGUUAGAUACAGGUGAUAUGUGAAUAUAACUAAGUAGAGCGAUUAUCACUUGUAUUAUUGCAAGUGGAUUACAGGUGUGCUUAAAACUAUACAUGGCUACACACAUUAAUAUGACCACACUGGAUCUUCAGUCCCUGACUGCCCCAUCACUACUGUAACCUGUUUUUUGGUACCUCAUCUGUAUAGUAUCCUCCACCUUUUUGCCUUAUUAGUGGGUUUCAGUUACGGCAACCUCAGUACCGUUGUCACAGGAAAUCUGUAGACUGUAAAAAAAAGUAUCAGCUAUACUGUGCAUCUCUUAAACAGUUGCAAAGUUCAAGUUACUUAUACAAUGGUAUAGCUAACUUGAAAUAUGCAACUGUUAAGAGCUGACAACAAUUAAAGGUCUAAUUCAGUUUAGUUAAGUAAUUGAGAGCUCAGUUGGAAUGAAAACCAGCAGACACGGGGUCUCAGGACCGGUUUGGGAAUCACUGCCCUAUACCUUGUGUUUGUGUUUUAUUUUGUUUUCACUGCAGGUGCCAUAAACUAUUUAGAGUGUGUCACACUACAUGAAGUGUCUGAAAACUGGGACUUUUUAUAGAUUUUGAGCAAAAUGGGUUAUUUAUGGAUAUUAAGGGGCUGAUAUAAGGAUAUGUGCAAAUUGUGGCCAAAAUCUGCUUUUUGCACGCACAAACUGUUUAGCAGCCAUAAAGUGGGACUUCAGCAGCUACUAAAAAUGUAUGUAAAGAAUGGUUUUCACCUGGUGCUUUGCACUCGCUAUCAAAUUAGCUAAUCCAUUUAAAUGAUAUUGAAAUGUAUUCAAAUUAAGAAAAGAACAUGGAAUUUGGCAGGGAUCUGGAAUACUUAGCGGGCGCAAACAUUAUAAUGAGAUGUAAGGAUUUUGCCUUGUUACUUGGGCUAUUGCUAACCUUCCAAUUACAAGGUGCAAACCAUUGUAGAAGCGACUCAAAAGCAACAGUAAUUAAGAGCUGUAUAAAACCAUACACCUUCAGAGACCUGUCAUUGGCCUCAGGGUGGCUGCUGUGUUACACUUCUUGAUGCGACAAUGCUUGGCUCUUGUUGAGGACAGACAGGAAAACCUUUGGAGGAGAAGGGCAAGACAGAGAAGACCCUGCAUAUUCAAACCCAGGGUCACUUUGUUUGGGAUGCCGAAGGAUGGGGUGGUAAGGCGUUAUCGUCACGCUGCAGGUCAUCCUAAACUAAUAGCUGAAUUUCACUUUUUCAUCACCUAGUUGACUAUCCCCCUGGUAACACCGACAGCAUUGACUUUCUCCACUAUAGAGGACCAUAUGGCAUCUUUGGUAGCAUAACUGAUGUUGGCUGUGGAUUUUCCAAAUAACUCAAUUUCAUGCUGAGUGACCUCAGCUGUAAGGACUCUCAGCUGCUCCUCAGAAAAUCUUUCUGUACGCCAAGAGGACUUUGCUGCCCUUCCUCUGACAUAUAUUUUUGUUUGGUUUGAUUUUUGUGUUCCACAAAUCUCAUACAGCUCCUACUGCUCUCUGUACCCCAUAACUCCCUCAACUCUGGCUGUAAGUGCGGCCGCUAAAUAUCCCGAUGCACAGGCGGCGCUCAUUACGACCCUCAUUAUCAUGAUUGCAGCUCAUUAUUUUUGCGUGUUGACUAAUUUACAUUGAUCUUACGCUUACAUAGGCCACAGUGCAAAAUAAUUGCCUGGCCGCUAGGCAAUUUGGAUUUUGCAGCCACAAUUGUGUGCACUAUACCUGUCCUUACAUCAGCCCCUAAAUGUUAUAGAAUUAGCACAGGUAAGUGGCUGAGGAAUUUGAAUCAAAGGUGAUGUGUCUGUUGAAAGGUUGUGUGGGAUUAACAUAUUGCUGAUAGAACGCAGGACUUUUCCAAGCAGAUUUAAUAAUUUAGCGAUUGUGCCCGCCGAUGAAGGCUCUACCGUGUCAUAGUUGACCGGACCUGGAGUGAUGCAUCUUGAGCCGAAGGCGAGGGCGCUAACGAAAGUCAAGGUCAACUAACACUCUGUAGAGCCUUCAUCGAGAGGGCACUAUCGCUAUUGGAAAACAAUUUUUCUCACUUCUCUCUUUAAAAAAAACGCUUUGACAUCUACAUCAAAACAGUUUGUUGAGCUCCACCCGGUUAAUAAAACAAUAUACAAUGACACAGCACUCACUAUAUACAAUAACACAGCAUUCACUAUACACAGUGACACAGCAUUCACUAUACACAGUGACACAGCACUCACUAUGCAAUGACACAGCACUCACUAUAUACAAUGACACAGCAAUCACUAUACAAUGACACAGCACUCACUAUAUACAAUGACACAGCAAUCACUAUACAAUGACACAGCACAAUCAUUUUGCAGCUGUGAUUUCACUUUUGAAUUUUGCAAUUCCACUGCAGCAGCUUUUACUUCAUAAUUACAAUAACAAACUGAGUUCCCAAACAGAGACACCAUCUAAAAUAUAAACCAUGUUCUACAUUCCUAAUGAUCCUGGUUCUGUAAGUGAAAGGUACACUGACUGUAUAUAAUGUGCUGAAGUAUAUAGCUGAUAGCUAUAACAGUUUUUGAUAGAACUAUGAGAAUACUCCCUUAUAAAAGUUUCCCAUAGUAAAAGCAGAGGUAUGUGUAAUAAAGCAUAAUGAUAGCAUUGUAAAGCAUAAGUAGCCUUAUAAAUCCCAGAGACCAAAGCCCAGGAAAAACUAUGAUAAAUGUAUAUUAACCACUGGGAAAGCAUGUAGAAACUGCAACAUUACUGUGCAGAUCUACUGUGGUAAACUUAUAAGGGCUAUACACAUGCUGAUCAAGGUAAUGAUGAUGCCACACCUGACUUUACCAGCCUCUGACUGACUCCACUAUUGAAAGCUAUAUCCACCUGUCUGAUUUUGUUGAAACAGUGAAAAUGCAUGAUCAUUAUGGUAUGUCAUUGCACUCCAACAGGUUUUGACACCUGUAAUGUAUUUAUUAUAUUCUUGGAGGGAGAUAUUAGUUCAGACAUACCUUCAUCUUGUAUGUACAAUUGAAAAGAAAUGGCGUGAAUGGUAAGCUGGAUUCAUAAGGUUUUGUUUUAUUAUUCUGUUCUAUCGUGUACAUGCUGUUGCAACAUGUCAUGGUCAUCAUUAACAUGUUUCUCAGACUGACAGCUCUAACUUUGAAUUUACACCGUGGCAGGGUUUAUGUUACUGGCACUUUUAUCACGUACAGUGUACGAAGGAAGGGCAUUCGUUAUUUAGAAGAUGUUUAAAAUGUAUUUAGAACCUGUUUUAAAUCAAAAUCCUACAUGUUUUCAUUGUAUUCAUUUGAUCAAAUGAGAAGUCAAAACCAAAGAAGCGUUGUGCUGGUGUAAUUUUACACCUACUUUGGUUUUGGUUUAAUUUCCUGUUUGCUGCAGUGGAAAAGCAUAAAAAGUGUAUUUUUGGUGAUGGUCUCAAAUGAUGCUGUGUCAUUGCAUGUGCUGUGUCAUUUCUAAGGUGUGUUUAAGUCUUUGUUUACUCAUCAUGUUUCAGUAAGGUGUGGUGGUUGCUCAAUAAUUCCUGUAUAUAACCCAGGUACUCCACUGCACUGACAGUCGGAUUGUGUUGUGCAAGACAUUUGUAAUAGAAGGUAGCUCCAGUCUUUACAACUUUCAGUUAAGUUUUUUUAACAGCUUGCAAUGGCAACUCAUAUAUUGCUGAAUACCGGUGCAAAGAUGCCAGUCCUGGGACUCGGAACAUGGAAGUCCCCACCAGGCAAAGUAACCGAAGCAGUGAAGGCAGCCAUUGACGUCGGAUACCGUCACAUUGACUGUGCCUACCUCUAUCAAAAUGAGAACGAAGUAGGAGAGGGCAUCCAGCAGAAGAUCAAAGAAGGGCUUGUGAAGAGGGAGGACCUUUUCAUUGCCAGCAAGCUGUGGUGUACAUUCCAUGAGAAGUCCAUGGUGAAGCAAGCAUGCCAACAGACCCUGUCUGACCUGAAACUUGACUACCUGGAUCUUUACCUCAUCCAUUGGCCUAUGGGAUUCAAGGCGGGCAGCAAUCUCUUUCCUCUUGAUGACAGAGGAUUAACGGUGCCAGACAAUACCUGCUUUCUGGACACCUGGGAGGGAAUGGAAGAGUUGGUGGACGCAGGAAUGGUGAAAGCCAUCGGGGUUUCCAACUUCAACCAUGAACAGAUAGAGACCCUGCUAAAGAAACCAGGUCUCAAGUACCAACCCGCCAACAACCAGGUUGAGUGCCACCCGUACCUGACUCAGGAGAAGCUGUUGGAUUACUGCAGGUCGAAGGGGAUCUCUGUCACAGCAUACAGUCCCCUGGGUUCCCCAGACAGACCAUGGGCAAAACCAGAAGACCCGUCUCUACUGGAAGAUCCUAAAAUCAAGGCAAUUGCCAAAAAGCACAAAAAAACUGCAGCUCAGGUUCUGCUCCGCUUUCAAAUUCAGAGGGGUAUCAUUGCUAUCCCAAAGUCGAUUACUCCCCAGCGCAUUGAAGAGAAUUUCAAGGUUUUUGAUUUUGACCUUGAUGGAGAAGACAUAAAAAACAUCCUGAGCUUUAACAGGAACUGGAGGGGUUGCCCAAUGCACUGGGGUGUGGAGCACAAGGAUUACCCAUUUAAUAUUGAGUACUGAGCAGGAGACUGGGUGGAAGAGCAAACCUCCUAUCUUCUGGUGCAGUGGUGUUUACUACUUGAAGCUCUCCUUACAUUUAGCAAUUGCAGUUCUAGUUGAUAAAUAUCAAUACGAAGCUAUAAAGUGUCCACUUUGUUAGAUGAACAGUUUCUGUUGUGUAGGUAUAUUCAUUUCUAGAGAUAUUACAGGACUUUGUUAAGACCUUCAUGUUACUCCCCUGACAACACUUCCUUAUAAUACUUCCUAACAUCAUUGUAUUUUUGCUUGUGCAGUUAGAUGCCCACAUGUUUUUAUGGUGUGAAUUUACUUUUACACUCCUUUAGAAUUAAGCGACACAUAUAUCAAUAGGUAAACUACACUCAUUGUUGCCAUUAUAGAAGACCGUGCAAAAUGUAGUCUGAAACUAAAUCCAAGCACAGCCCUGCACACCAUGAAGUUUACCUGAACUAGUCUAUUUUCAUGACAUAUCCUAUUAUAAUAAUAAAAUAAGAGUUUUAAUGAGAAAAGCAUAGAUUUGUGAUCGUUAUUUGUCUGUAUCUGAAGUAUAACGGGAAAUGUGUGUUGUUUUUUUUUUAAAUAUGUGAAAAAGUGGAAUGCGAAUAAAAUGGUGGCUAGAAGAA